AACAUUUGACUCCAAACACACCAAGUACAGGGAAUUGGAAACUCUUUUUCCCCCCCUUGGUUUCUAAACCAUUGUAUGUGGUUGUGGGCAUGAUCAUCGUUAUCUUAUAAGGCAAUUGCGCCGCUAAUACCCUAUUACAACCCUUAUAAAUCUCUGAUUCUCUAUUCCUUCCACCCGCUUUAUCUAGAACUUUCUUCCCCAAUCUUCAAAAUAUCGUCUUCUCCCUCCUCUGUAGCUCUCUGAUGGCUUCCUCUUCUCCUUCCCAAGCUAUUCUCCUCUUGCAGAAGCAGCUUAAAGAUCUCUGUAAGAACCCUGUUGAUGGGUUUUCUGCUGGGUUGGUCGACGAAAACAACCUUUUUGAAUGGAGUGUUACCAUUAUUGGACCACCUGAUACCUUAUAUGAAGGGGGGUUUUUCAAUGCCAUUAUGAGUUUUCCGCAAAAUUAUCCAAAUAGUCCUCCAACAGUCAAAUUUACCUCGGAAUUAUGGCAUCCUAAUGUAUACUCGGAUGGCAAGGUUUGCAUCUCUAUUCUUCACCCUCCGGGUGAUGAUCCAAACGGUUAUGAGCUUGCUAGCGAGCGCUGGUCUCCUGUCCACACGGUGGAGAGUAUCGUUCUAAGCAUCAUAUCAAUGCUUUCAAGUCCUAACGACGAGUCACCUGCAAACGUGGAAGCUGCUAAAGAAUGGAGGGAAAACCGCGAUGAAUUCAGGAAAAAGGUGAGUCGAUGUGUAAGGCGGUCGCAAGAAAUGAUGUAAGCUAGGGUGGUGGGAUUGAUGGAGGGAGGAGGAAGCAAACUACUAGUCUUGUGGUUUUUAUGGCUUAGUGAGGAAGUGGGAAGGGAUUCUGUCUCUCUUUUUGGCUGUGGAAUUGGUCUAAAUUCUGUGUGUCAACCCUCUUCUUCUUUUUGUCAUCUUUAACAGUUUGUUAACUUCUAAAGGUGAUUUUUAUCAUUUUCCCAUUAAUAUCAAAUUUAUUUGCAAUCU